GUGUUGGAGUUCUCUCAUUUUUUAAUGAAUUUUUAUCAUGUUAUCCAAAAAAUUCAUGUUCUUAUCAUCAUUUUUCCUUGGAAUAUUUAAGUACUUGACAAAUUGUUCUACUUUCUAUCCUCAGUGGUGCAUUUCUUUUGCUUUAUGGCGUUGCAUUAGCUAUUGAAGGAUGGGGUGUAGUUGCAAGUUUGAAAAUCUAUCCCCCUUUCGCUGGAGCUGCUGUUUCAGCAAUUACCCUUGUCGUAGCUUUUGGAUUCGCUGUCUCUCGCCCUUGUUUGACUCUCGAGACCAGAAACGCUUUAUCUGGAACUUACUCUGCUCCCCAGAGGUCUGCCAGCUCAGCUGCUCUUUUGGUUGGGGAUCCUGCUGUAAUUCGAGAUAAAGGAGGCAAUUUUGUACUUCCUAGGGCUGAUGUCAUGAAAUUAAGAGAUCGUUUGAGAAAUGAAGAAUUAGCAGCUGGAUCUCUUAUGUCUAGGUUGAGAAAUAAGACCCUGCGGCACGGAGCUAUAACUGAUAUAGGUCACAAAAGAGAAAUGUGUGCUCAUGCCAGAAUACUAGCUCUGGAAGAAGCAAUUGACACUGAAUGGGUUUACAUGUGGGAUAAGUUUGGUGGUUAUUUACUUCUUUUUCUUUGUUUGACGGCUAAAGCUGAACGUGUACAGGAUGAGGUUCGUUUAAGACUUUUCCUCGACAGCAUAGGAUUGCCUGAUCUCAGUGCUAAGGAUAUCAAAUAGUGGCUACCAGAGGAACAUAGGCGAUUUGAACUUAUAGAAGAGAGUUAUAUAAGAGAGAAAGAGAUGGAAGAAGAAAUAUUGAUACAGAGACGCGAAGAGGAAGGAAGGGGUAAAGAGAGGAGGAGAGCUCUUCUGGAGAAAGAAGAACGCAAAUGGAAAGAGAUAAAAGCUUCUCUUAUGUCAUCUAUUCCCAAUGCUGGCAACAGAGAAGCAGCUGCAGUAGCAGCUGCUGUUCGUGCAGUUGGAGGUGAUUCAGUUUUUGAUGAUUCUUUUGCUCGUGAGAGAGUUUCAAGCAUUGCACGCCGCAUACGUGCAGGCCAGUUAUCUCGGCGAGCACUCCAGAAUGGACUUAGUGGCGCUGUAUGUAUUCUUGAUGAUGAGCCUACUAGCAGCGGCAGACAUUGUGGACCCGUGGAUCUCAGUGUUUGUUGUAGUAAUAGAGUUAGCGUUUCUAUUGCUGGGAGUUUCUUGUUGCUGGGUCUGAGCAAGGCAUUGAAGCUGGACAAGUUGGACUUAGAUUAAUUACCAAGGGCGAUAGACAAACUACAGUCUCAAAGGAGUGGAGUGUAGGUGCGAGCAACAUUGCUGAUGGAAGGUGGCAUAUAGUUACAUUGCCUGUAGAUGCUGAUUUAGGUGAAGUAUCUUGGUAUCUAGAUGGUAAUUUUGAUGGCUAUCAGACAGGGCUACCACUUUCACCGCCAGCCCCACCUUCACCCUAGUCCUCACAAUCAUCGUCAACCCCACCACCGCUUGCGGUCUCAGCAAUGGAUGAGAAGGAACGAGAGAGAAGAAGAAGAAAACAAGAAGAGAAGAAAUAUAGAUCUAGACUCAUCGCCGCCGCCGCCAUCAUCCCCACCAUCGUCGCUGCCAUCUUCAUUCACCCAUCGUCGCCGCCGUCCUCAGCCUUGUCAUCGCCGCCAUUGCCCUUACCCUCACCAUCGCAGAUCUAGAC